GAUGGCACUAGUAAACAAAUUGGCUCUGACUCCGGCGGGCUUUACGUAAGUCAACGUAAGUCUCUUGACAGACGGCGAAUUCAAUUGGAGGUGUUUUCGGAUCGAGUUCACCUUUGUCGAAGUGAUUUCCGAUUGAAUAAUGGGCAUCGUGCGGUUAGUACAUUCACUGAGGAGUAGGGAAAACACACUGUCACGAUUCGCCAUCAAGGCCACCCUCGUAGGCGGUGUCGUCUACUACAGCAUUCAGCAGGGUCUGUGGUCCAAGUCCGAGGACAGCGUACAGCUGUACGGCAGACUCUACAACAAUGUCGCGCCUUACGUCAAGGACAACAUCCCUAAGGAGAUCAUCAACGAGCUACCACCAUUGCCAAGUACCAAUGACAUCUCCAACUCCAUCAAGUCGUCAUGGAAUAAGGGAAUCAUAGCGAGUAUGAAAUUCUUAUCUGAAACUCCAACCUAUGUGACCAAUGGCGUGCAGAGCAUUUCGGAAACUAUGCAGAAUUAUAUCGAACAACAAAGUGUAUCAGAAAAAAAUCAAUAGCGUUUUCUGAUUCUAUAUUGUGGAUUUUAGGUGAUUUAGAAACAUAUUAUCAUUGAGUAUCAUUGAACUAUUACUAGCUUCACUCCUAUUAUGUUAAUUUAAAUAUCUAUACACUAUAUUAAUAGCUCUUUAUUGAGAGUUUUUCUUAUUAACUUAUUAUAUGUUCAAUAAAUAUAUUUGUUACAGAA